AUGCUUUCGGGACAGAACGAGCUCAGGAAUAUAGCCAGAGAAGCCAAGAAGUUCAACCAGCCGAGGCAGAAGAAGACUUUCAGCCAGGUCCAGACUGUCACAAAUAGGCAAGAUUUUGAGGGACACCUGCAACGCCUGCAGUUGGUGUUUGACAGACUGCGUAAACAUGGCCUUAAACUGAAACCCUCAAAAUGCCACUUGAUGAAAAAGGAGGUCCAAUACUUGGGGCAUCGGGUGUGUGCAGAAGGUAUCCGCACUGACCCUGAAAAGAUAAGCAAGGUGAAGGACUGGCCACAGCCAACAAACCGUAAGGAGGUCCUUCGUUUCCUGGGGUUUGCGGGGUACUACAGGAGGUUUGUGGAGAGCUAUGCAAAGAUUGCUGCACCCCUCUACCGCCUCACUUCUGGUGACCCCAGAAAGAAAAAAAGGGGUUGGCUGGCUCUGUCUCUGGGGUGCUGGUUUACCCUCUCUCUUCCAAGCUCCUCCAUCUUUUUUAUAGUUCCUCAGUCUCUGGUUGUGGUGGCAGCUGGAUAG